AUGUCGUCGACUGCUGUUCCUAAGCGCACUGCGCUUCGUCGCAACCCCACCACCGAAUCGUCCCUUGCCAAUUCGGUUUCGGCUUCGCCCUUUGACAGCCCUCGUCAGUCUCCCUCAUCCACCUCCCUGUCCUCCAUGGCCUCGGAGCUGGAGGUGAGCAAGGAGGAGGCGAGCAAGAUGCUCGACACCUGGGGUAAUGAGUUCAAGAUUCCCGACUUCACCAUCAAGCAGAUUCGUGAUGCCAUCCCCGCGCACUGCUUCCACCGCUCCGCCAUCACCAGUCUGUACUAUGUCUUCCGGGACUUUGCCAUUCUGGGAUCCGUCUUCUACCUCUUCCACAACUAUGUCACCCCGGAGACCGUCCCCUUCAUGCCCGCUCGUGUGGCUCUGUGGACCCUCUACACUAUCGUCCAGGGUCUCGUCGGUACCGGUGUCUGGGUGCUGGCCCACGAGUGUGGUCACCAGGCCUUCUCUCCCUCCAAGGUGCUGAACGACACCGUUGGAUGGAUCUGUCACUCUCUCCUGCUCGUCCCCUACUUCUCCUGGAAGAUCUCCCACGGCAAGCACCACAAGGCCACUGGUAACCUUGCCCGUGACAUGGUGUUCGUUCCCAAGACCCGUGAGGACUAUGCCACCCGCACUGGCCGCACUCUUGCUGAGCUCGGCGAGCUAAUGGAGGAGACCCCCAUCUUGACUGCCAGCAACCUGCUCCUCCAGCAGCUGUUCGGCUGGCUCAUGUACCUGGCCACCAACGUUACCGGUCACAACAACCACUCCAAGCAGCCCGAGGGCCGCGGUAAGGGUAAGGCCAACGGUUGGUUCGGUGGUGUCAACCACUUCAACCCUUCCAGCCCUCUGUACGAGGCCAAAGAUGCCAAGCUGAUCGCCCUGAGCGACCUUGGUCUCUUCCUCACCGCUUCCCUCCUGUACACCAUCGGUUCCAAGUUCGGCUGGCUCAACCUGCUGGUCUGGUACGGUAUUCCAUACCUCUGGGUGAACCACUGGCUGGUCGCCAUUACCUUCCUCCAGCACACCGACCCCACCCUCCCCCACUACCAGCCCGAGGUGUGGAACUUCGCCCGCGGAGCUGCUGCCACCAUCGACCGUGACUUCGGUUUCGUCGGCCGUCACAUCUUCCACGGUAUCAUCGAGACCCACGUUCUGCACCACUAUGUCAGCAACAUCCCCUUCUACAACGCCGAUGAGGCCAGCGACGCCAUCCGGACCGUCAUGGGCGACCACUACCGCACCGAGGCCCAGACCGGCUGGACUGGCUUCUUCAAGGCCAUGUGGACUAGUGCUCGUGCCUGCCAGUGGGUUGAGCCGACAGAGGGUGCUAAGGGUGAGAGCCAGGGUGUGCUUUUCUUCCGCAACACCAACGGCCUCGGUGUCCGUCCCGCCCAGAUGGCCCAGUAG